CAGGUAAGUUGAAUCGUGGAUAGGUGCUCUACCAUUUUACUGUUCCCGAGAGGAAAGAGUAGUCAAAUCCAGAAUUAGUAGGUGCAAGCUUGGAAAUACAUAUGAUAGGAACGGCAGCUGCAAUGUUCCCUUUACCAAUAAGGUUAUUGGUAUGGAGGUAGGCAGCUUGCUUCAAUCUUCGGAAUGCACAUACACUCAAUCAACAUCCUACAUCCUACAGUGAGGUACCUAAUAUACCGCGUUAUCAUCAAUUUCUGUACAUCUAUUCCGAUCUUUCCAUGUCGUCGUCUAGAUAUACUUUAAUAACUAUGGUUAUGUCCAAGCUUCUAGCUACUUAAGUACCUCGGUAUGAACUGGACUGAAGGGAAUCUCUCCCGCCAUUCUAGAGGUAGGCAACGCAACGAAUUACUUACACGACAAAAGCAACAUUUUGCCAAGGUUCGCAAUAAUUUACUGAAAAGCGACGUAAAACGGAGUCCCGUAUCAAUAUCCUUCCUCGGAACUCAGUACUCGCGAGACCUAAAGCGCCGCGAUGAUUCAAGUAGUGCAGCAUACAAGCAACCUUCAAGUCCCCUUUUAACAGAGAAGCGCAACCGGGCUCGUAGCUCACUUGAUAAUCCAGAUAAUCAAUCCUCCACGCGGGAGAAGAGAAGAAGACUACUAGACAAGGCAGACUGGGUCGGAUUAAACUUACAGCAACCUAUUGAUAUUACUUUCCCAGGGCAACUCCAGGCAUCCGCUGGUUCGAGAUGGAGCAAAGUAGGCCGCCCUCGAGUUCGCAUGCUUCGGAAAUACCGCGAAGAUUCACGUACACCUCGACUGGGGGCCGCACAUAAUUCCCACGGUCCAUCCCUGAAGAUUCAAAUUGGGAGUCAGGAGACCCUCCCAAAUACCAGUAUAUCAUCGCAAUCAAACUCAGAUAUAAAAAGAUAUAGUCUCGUACCACAGCCCAUAACUGGCUUACCACGGAGAAAAUCGAAUCUAACCUCAAGUCCGGAGCCUAGUCAAACCCGGCGUCCGUACGUAGUAUCCAGGGAUAGCCAGCUCCCACAGGUGCCAAAGGGUGAACGUCAUGGGAUAGCGGGGGGACAUCAGGGCGGUGCGUACCGUAACGCAGUCAAAAAAUCCUUAUUUCCAGAGGAGCCAACUCAUGUUGUAUAUUCCUCUUCGAUAAUCCAUGAACCAACCCCUCUCCGAGCCAAUUAUUUUACGGUACUUCGAUGGACUCCAUCCGGCUCCGACGACCAGGGAAGCAUGCAGGUAGAGAUCGAUCGCCCCUUGAGACCGAUUCCAUCGUCCCAAGAGGCAGACGAAGAGAUUUGGAAGAACUGGGUGUCUACUUCGUCGAUGAUCCAGCCGGUUAGCGCCUCGGCUAACUCUCCGAUUGCAAUAUCAUCUGUCAGUUCAAGAGCUGGCGGCUUACCCUCUCACCUACAGAGACGGCUACCAAGCUAUGAUAUCUCAAGCGAGGCAGGACUAAGCACGAAUUAUCCGCCUCAAGAGCCCAACAUAGAUGACCAAGCACCCCAAGCUAAAAUCCAUGAAAGUCACCAUCAAUCACCUGAAGAAAAACCAGGCCAUAGCAAAAUCAAAACCCAACCGCCGGACGAUGAUGCCGUUUGGAUGAAGUUUGCUUUAAGCGACAAUAGCGAUGAAUUAGAAGCAAGAGUGUUCGCAGAGGCUGCAUUUCAAGCUGCUGCAGAAUUGCGCCCUUCUGAUACGUCUACGAGCUUCAAUGAUGCAGCCGAAACAAUUGCCACUCAUGGGUCUAAUCCGGCUAGCAAUGAGGACCAAGAUGAGAGCACUUCCUUUGGAUACUCCGAUGAAAGUCACGUGGCAACAGAUGGCACUGUGGCCUCGGAAUCAGUACUCAGCAAUAUAGCUACCGUCGGCUCGACAAUUCAAAUGGAAUCAGAACCUCGAUUUCGCUUUGCGCAGCCGAGAGCAUUCGUAGGGAAAUUCGCUGAUUCAAAUGUCGCUACGACAGGAGGAUCACGUCUUGUAUCUCAUAGUAAGAAAAGGAGAGGUAGGCCUAGGAAACGAGCCGUAGAUGGGAGGGCGAAUAUCCGACGACUUCCAGAUUUCGACGGGGAUCCAAUCGAAGAGUUUGAAGAUGAUUAAAAUACCUAUACUAGCUAAAUUCUCAGCUAUGAAUAUCUAGGAGGUAGUUACUCGAAUUUAUAAUGAACAACUGCGACAA